CUCUGACGUCAUAUAGCGCGUUUGUUUUCCCUGCAGUUCUUAGUAUAAAACUCUAAAAUCCCUUUUAAACAGCCGCAGUUUGAGGAGAAAACAUGGAGGCAGUCUUUCGUGUUCUCGGCUUGGACUGGGUCGACUGCAGGGGUCUCUUCAUAUUCGGGGUUGUUUUUCUGCUGAUGGCCGAUGUUUUGAAGAACAGAGCGCCGAGAAACUUUCCCCCCGGCCCCUGGUCCCUUCCUGUUAUUGGAGAUCUGCAUCGCAUUGACCCUUCCCGGAUGUACCUGCAGUUUUCUGAGUUUGCAGAAAAAUAUGGGAACAUUUUCAGCCUUCGCCUGUUUGGUGAAAGGAUUGUCAUCAUUAAUGGCUACAAGCUGUCUAGAGAAGCUCUGGUCCAGCAAGGAGACGACUUCGUGGAUCGUCCCAGCAUCCCACUGUUUGAAGAGUUGGUUGGGAAUAAAGGUCUUGUAGGUUCCAGUGGUUAUCCAUGGAAGGUACACAGGAGAUUUGCUCUUCAAACACUGAGAAACUUUGGUCUGGGCAAGAAAACCCUGGAGCGAUCCAUCCAGCAGGAGUGCCAGUACCUCACAGAGGCUUUCACUGAUCAGAAAGGCGAGCCUUUCAAUUCCCAGACACUGACAAACAACGCUGUGUCCAAUGUUAUCUGCUGUUUGGUCUUUGGGAACAGAUUCGAGUACACUGACAAGCAGCAGCAGGCUAUCCUUCAGGGCUUCAAUGAGAUUGUUCGCUUACAGGGAAGCUUUUCGGCACAGCUAUACAACAUCAUGCCUUGGCUGAUGAAGCGGUUGCCAGGACCUCAUCAGAGGAUAUUCGUUAUAACAAAAGAAAUAAUGGAAUUCAUAAAAAUCAAGAUCAAAGAACACAGAGAGAACCUCGACCCGUCAUCACCAAGAGACUACAUUGACUCCUUCCUCAUAGAGAUGGGAGAGAAAGAAGACAAAGAUUCAGGUUUUGAUUUGAACAAUUUGUGUUUUUGUAUCCUGGACCUGUUCGGUGCUGGAACUGAAACUACCACCACCACUUUACACUGGGGUCUGCUGUACAUGAUCUAUUAUCCUGACAUACAAGAACGCGUCCAGGCUGAGAUCGAUGCCGUGAUUGGUCCAUCCAGGCCGCCCUCUGUGGCUGACAGAGACAACAUGCCCUACACAAAUGCGGUAAUCCAUGAGAUACAGAGGAUGGGUAACAUCAUCCCUCUCAAUGUGCCCCGAACAGCAAAUAGAGACACCACCCUGGAUAAAUACACAAUUCCAAAGGGCACCAUGAUUUUAGCUACACUUGACUCUGUCCUCCAUGAUGAGUCCAUGUGGGAGACUCCACACUCCUUCAACCCUCAGCACUUUCUGGACCAGGAUGGUAAAUUUAGGAAGAGAGACGCCUUCAUGCCUUUUUCUGCAGGAAAGCGUGUGUGUCUGGGGGAGCAGCUGGCCAGGAUGGAGUUGUUCCUCUUCUUCACCUUCCUCCUUCAGAGGUUUAGACUGUCGCCUCCUGCAGGAGAGCAGCCCAGUCUGGAGUUCAGGAUGGGGGGCACUCGCUGUCCCAAACCUUACCGACUCUGUGCCGUACCACGUUAAACCUUGAAAACUGAGUGCAGUGAAUGAACUUAUUCUGCUAAAACUUAGUGUGAAUCAAAAGUAUGUCCAAUUGCUGGUAGAGUUCCCUAAUCGUUCAGCUGGGUGUUAGAAUUGAGGAACGGCAAGAAGCUGGUGGAACCUGCCUGUUUUUUCUUUUGGGGAAGAAAUUACUUGUACAGGAGAAGUCGUGUGAUCAGAACAGUGAAAAUAAUGCAAGUUUGUGUAAAUGAAAAUGUAUGAAAUCACCUGAUUUUAAAACAGUUUAGAAGAACAAUUACAUUUGACUGUAUUGUUAUAUAAGUCUGCUAUCACUGCAUAGACAAGCAGCCUGAAACAAUAUAUGUGCUUUCAGUGUGUUGUACAAGAAUGAAUAAUCUCUAAUUCCUGUUUAAGUCUCAACAACUAACAUAAUAAUCUACUGAAGUAAAUGUUGCCUCUUGAGGUGAAAAAGUAUUUUUUUACUAAAAGGAUAGCUUGUGUUUUUCUUGACUGAAAAAUAAGUGUGGUCCAUUAACAAUGUACUGCAAAAGUGAACUAAAAGUAAGUAAAACUUUCUUGAAAUGAGUGUAUUUGUCCUUGAUUUGAGCAGGUAAAAUAAGAUUAUCCACCAGUGGAAUGUGUAUUUUUACCCCUAAAAUAAGAUAUUUACAUGUAUAGCACUUGAAAUAUGAUGAUGGAGAUGAAUUGUUCCCAUUUCAUGCGCAAAGGUUUUAUUCCACUGGCAGAUAAUUUAAACUUGCCCGCUUAAAUCAAGGAUAAAUACACAUUUAAAGAAAAUCUUACUUUUAGUCUGCCUUUAUGCAGUGUAGCUGUUAUAUUACUCUGGUAUCAUUUACGUGAAUUCUUCUGACACUUGUGUUAAACUCGUAUUAUCAUUUUUGCUGUCCUGUUUUUACCCAAAGACGAUCUAUUUGUUUUAACUACUGUAAAUGUAGAGCUCGGUCUACUGGUCAUUUCCUGCUAUUCCUUUUGCAGCUUGAUUUUCUAGAUGAGAUCAUAAAAAAAAUACAUGUGCCUGAUAUUUUAAGUUUAAACUCCUCAUAAAAAGUAAAUCAAAUAAAAUAAAUAUUUUGUUUUGAGUCCCUAUUUCUGUAUUAAUAAUAAAAGUGUUCGUAUUUACAAUUUG